CAAGCCCUUCCUGAGAUAAAUUUGGGGUUUAGUUAAGCGAGAAAACACAAACUCGGUCAGAAUUGAUACCAUGGGGGUUCUUUUCAUUUGUGUACGACUCUUACGUGUCAGCUCCUCUCUAGAUAUCUGCAGAGGAUGACGCUCCUGAAAUAAAUCAUACUGAAGUUGUGGCUUUGCCUUGGGUGUUCUUAAAGCCUCGUUUCCAUUUCAGUGAGGCUUGAGAGUGUGAAAAAGAUGACUAGUGGCAUUUAAUCGAUCCCUUUUUGUUUGAGAUAAAAUGCAAUCUCGUUUCCAUCUCAUGGCGACUUGUCAAAGUGGAUUGAUUUAUUAUGGUGUUAAAACAUUUGUUGAUGACUUCUUCAGUGAUCAUGGCUUCAGGGAACGUGAACACAGGCUGGAGUAUUCCUGACAUUUCGGCCUGUCGGCAAACUGGAAACGGUGAGUCCGGCUCACCUUCUCAGCAGGAUAGUGUGCGGGAUGGUGAACAUUACGGAUACAGCGUUUCCAGUUUGUCUGGAAUUUCCUCGGCUGAAUUUUCCCAACUGCGCUCUGAUGAUGAAAACUUCAGACUCGGCGACAGGUAUAUAUGCGACCACCAUGACAUGAAUGGCUUUUCGGAAGAAGAGCUUCUGAACAUUACGUUUGAGGCGUGCGACGCUGCAGGACGAGGAGAAGUUCUGGCCUCCACUGUGGUGCAGUUUCUACAGGCCAUGACGGGCCACAGUGGUGGACAGGACAAGCUGAUCAUCCUGAAGCACAUGUUGGACCCAGAGGACCGAGAUCCACCCAUCGACAGGGACGCGUUUCACACAACCAUGAGGAAUUGGAUCGCUCAGUGCAGCCAGGACGGAUUAUUUGACGACAGCUACCAGGCAUCAGGAUCAGACUCUUGCAAAGCAACUGGGAACGGAGCGGAAUUUUCUCCUUCGUCGGUUGAAACUACGUUCACAGACCCAAGCGAAUAUCAUUGUGACGCGGGUGAUUUGUUGGGCCUGGUGGCGGAACUGAAGCACGCUCAGCGCAGACUGAGGGGACAGAACAGCAGCCUUCUGAGGAGCGUAUCUCAGUGCGAGGAAACCAACCUUCAGCUGAUGAUGGAUGUUUCAGAGCUUCGCAGCAAACUAGCGAGUGCCCAGCUGUAUGCGGGAAGAGCUCGGUCGCUGGCUGAGGAGCUGGACGAAGCCCGGCGAGCACUGAGAGAAAGCCAAGAGAAAACCAGCCGAGCUCAGGCUAACUGCCGUUCGCUGAUGAAGGAGAUCGAACACCUGAAGGCUCAUAUCAAAGUCAUCGAAGAGAUGAACGAAAAACUGCUGCAGGAGAGAAACGGUGCAGAAGAUCGGCUAAACAAACUGAAACGAGCGAACGCUGACGUCCGGGAGGAACUGGAGGAACUGCAGGUGUUACUGGCAGUGAAAGAAAGGGAAAUCACUAAGAAAAACGUCACACUACAGAAAUUGAAGGAGACUUUUCUGGACUACGACAGAAUCGUCGACGGUCUGCAGUGCGAUCUGGUGAGAUUACAGGAGCACUCGCAACAAGCACUUUCACGGUUUGAUAUAUGUUCUGCAAUUCCGAGAAGUGCCGCGGUCCCAAACCAUUACUCCCUACACCGUGAGAUCCAGGAGGCUGAGCCGAUGGCACGUGUCGAGGAAAACAGCAGCUCGGUGUCUGAGCUUCAGCCUCCUUCAUCUCCAAAGAGAGAUCUGUACAAUUUCAUCCACAAGAUCAAGUCUGCAGAGCUGCGGGACGCAUAUACAGCUGAAUCAUUACAGAAAGUGUUCCUACAGGACCAGCAAGAGCAGGCGAGCUCCAAAAAACAGCUGUUGACCAUUCUGACAGAGCUGGACAGACCUCUGCCUCCGUGGGACCAGCAGCCAGAGCGCAGGCACGUCGAAACACACCGGCAGCCACAGGAAGUCCGCAAAGCUCCGCCCAUCACCUGGUGGAGAGCUCUGAGGGUAGAGGACGAGAGGAACUGGAACACCCGAGACGUCCAGGACACCACCAGGGACAUGCAGGAGAGGAUCAGUGCUCUGGAGAUCCAGCUGAAAGACGCACAGAUGGAGGUCCAAAAGAGCAGAGUUGGGAGAAGCCCGGAGUUGGGAGAAGCCCGUGUCCGGGCGGAGAGGUCCGACGUGUGCAUACAGACGGAGCAGGUUGAAGAUGAGCGCAAACGCGUCGCUGCAGAGAAAGUUCUGGAGUCUCUCAGAAAGGUGGAGGUGGUGGUGACGACGAGGGCGCUGCAGGCUGCUGAGAUGUUGACUGAUAGCGAGAGGAGGAUGAAGGAGAGAAUGGAGGCCAUCAGCCGCAAGGUGGAGGAAGCGCUGAGCAGAACAGCAGACACGGAGAACCAGCUGAGAGGACUGGAGGCUCGGGUUUCCUCCUGCACAAAGUCUUCGGAUGCGAGGUCAGUGGACGCCGGACAUCAUCCAGCAGUCAGCAGGAACAUCUUCACCUCAGACCCUAUGAACACGAAACAAGGUGGCUGCUUUCCGCACGCAGGAGCCGAGGAUAACAGCCGAGAGGGCACAUCUCAGGACACAGAUGAUGCAACUCGAACUCUGAAUGACUCGUCUGAGCCAGUGGUGAAGUGUGAAGCUGUUCUCACGGACUCUUCUUCUUCAGAUCGUCUUCCUGUGGGACUGGUUAACGAGCAAAACCCACCAGUGCAGAACGGCAGUGAGAGAGGGUCUGCUGCUGCUGCUCACGAUCCUGUACCGGAAACUUCCAAGAACGCUGCCUGCGAGGAGCGAAAGCGUCAUGACACACGGGAGAACGGAGCCGGGUCAGAGGAACCAGGCGACGAUGACGACUCUCGAAUAAAGUCGGAAGAAAGGAAGAACGGUGGAGUUUCUCUAGAAGAAGCUGAUUGUGAUCAAAGCAUCAAGCUAGAGGAGAACAAAUAUCCCAACCAUAAGCAGGACGGAAGUUCUGGAAGUUCAGAAUUGGGACCGAGUACCAAGUGUGAAGUCUUCGCGUGUGUGGAGAAAGGACGCUCUGCAGAACCGGAGCAGUGUGACCAAACGCCCAGCUUCUAUUUAAGUGAAGGUGCAUCGAAGGGCAGUGGACAUUGGGAAGAAGGAUCAGGAACCAGUGAAGGAAGCCAAGAGGAGACCAACAGGAACAUAAAGGAUUCAACAACAAAGUGGACGUGCAGCACAGCAGAAUCAGGGAACAGACCUGUUCAGAUCUGUCGGGUACAGACUGCAGAACCGGCUGGAACACUAAAGAAAGAAAUCUCCGCCGAAUGUGGAACAGCAGGACCUCCGGCUAAACCGUCUUCUACAAGGCCUUUUCAUCUCGCAGUAUCGGAGUCCCACACACCUUUCUUUUUCCCUCGCACUCGCUCUCGACCUCCGACCGCCCACACUAUGCCCACUCUGCCGGAAGAGGAAGAAGAUUCUCCCGAGGAGAUCGACAGCGCCUCCAGCUCCCCGUCCUCUGUUAUGCCAGUCGAAUCCAAGCUAGUGAACGUAACCCUGUCGCCUCCUGCUAUCGUCCUGCCCAGACAAGUCAACAAGCAGGAACCGAAGCCCCUGGAGGAAGCUAGACCACACAGCCCGAGACCCCGGCUCUCGAGGAACCCCAGCUCCUCUGUGCCAAUAACUACAGUAGAUAACGAUGGUCACGUGAUCGACCUGGUGAAAGAUCAGCUUCCAGAGAUGCUGUUGUCCGAGGAGGACCGGCAGAAGAACCUGGAGCUGCUGGAGGAGGCGAAGAAAGUGAGCGAUCGCUUCCUGACGCGUAGGGGACGGCGGUCUACGUGUAGCCUCACAGACUCUCCUACAGCUCUCUCGCCCAACCCCACUCCAGGCUCCUCUCCUGUUCACUCCAGAAGCAGCUCCACCUCUGCACCGCCACCACAAAUGGAAGUCCUAGCAAAUCCUCCUUCAAGCCCGAGUCAGAGGUUGGAGGUGCCUGCAGCGCGGGACCACGGAGAAGCAAAUAAACCCGAGCAAGAGACUCUGAAGAAUUUUGUGGAAUGGAAACCGCCUGAGAAGCGCAAGGUUUCCUCUGGCAUGCUGACCCCCCGCCACACCGCCACCACCUCUGCACCAACCAAGGAGCUCACUAGGUCUCCAAAGGAUAGUGCGGAGCUGUGCGUCUCCAUGGAAGGGGGGAAAAAGCAAAUUCCGGUUCCAGCGGUCCAGAAACCAGAUAGCCAGACGCCGGCGACCGGAGUGGCCAAAGCGGUACAGCGGCCAGCCAUGCAGCAAGCUCCGUGCACAGCUGAGAUCAAGACCAUCGGGGCCUUCCCGCCUCUCAUGAGGGCCGUCUCCUGGGAUACGGUGGGCUCUCUGAACAUGAGGAACGGCGGACCCAAAGGAGAAGAUGGCCUCUCUUAUUCUGACAACCUGAAGCCUCCCGUGAGUGGCCAGAAAUUAUCCAAGCUGCGGGAGGAAAAUAAGCUGUUGAGGAACCAGAGCAUCUCGGGGUCAAAGCUGCCAGACCUGAGCGAGACGGCCGAACAGGACCGAGAUCCGUCGUCUUCUACGUCUGAGUCCACAGCAGACGAGGAGUUGAAAGAGAAAGCAGACGCCAUGCCCAAUAUAUCAGACAUCAUGCUGCGGAAGCUCAAACUACACAGAGGCUUACCAGGCUGUGCCCCUCCGCUCACAGAGAAGGAAGUCGAGAAUGCCUUUGUGCAGCUGUCUCUAGCAUUCCGAAAUGACAACUACACGCUGGACACCAGACUGAAGCAGGCAGAGAGGGAACGCAACCUUACGGAGGAGAACACUGAGAAGGAACUGGAAGAGUUUAAAAACUCACUGAAGACCACAGUGUCUCUCUGGCAGAAUGCAGAGCAGAGGGAAUUCUACCAGCGCCUCAUCGAGACCGUAGCUGUACUGCACCGCCUCGCCAACCGUCUGUCCAGCCGGGCAGAGAUGGUGGGUGCAGUGCGACAGGAGAAGCGGAUGAACAAGGCCACUGAGGUGAUGAUGCAGUAUGUCGAGAACCUAAAGAGAACCUAUGAGAAGGAUCAUGCAGAGCUGAUGGAGUUUAAGAAACUAGCCAACCAGAACUCGCCCCGUUGUUAUGGAAGCUCAAUGGAAACUGGAGAUGAUGGAGUUCCACGUGCAGCGAGAUCCAUGUCUUUGACAAUGGGAAAGGCUUUACCCAGAAGGAGAGUCAGCGUAGCUGUGGUCCCCAAAUUUAAUCUCCUGAACAUUCCUGGUCAGACUCCAACCACAGGGGGUCCCGCUCCAGGUCCUGGAGCUAAUUUUUGCACUGCUGCUGGCCCCGGCCCCAGCCCCGGCACUGGCCCUGGUGCACUUCCUGUACUGUGCGAGGCGAACAGUUUGAAGAGCGACUCCACUUCAGAUCCGGCGCAGCAAACAGCAGGGGAAAUUGGAAAAGUUCUGCUGGAGCAGGAAGGUGAGACAGCUAACCCGGCCAAAGCUUCCUGUAUUCCAGAAGAGAUCAGAGCUGAGAUCAAGGCCAAGAUCGAGGAGGAAGCCUACAAUAAAGGGUAUCAGGAAGGACUGAAAAGACUUAAAGAGCUCCAGGAAAUGAAGGAGCAGGAAGAGAAGGCAGAAGAAAAAGAGACCGAGCCAGAAGAGAUAAAUGGAGAAGAGCUGGAAGAAGAAAAAAAGCCAAGCAGGUUUGAACGAGUUCUGGAAGUCCUUGAACGAAUAUGUCCAAAGAUCUUCAGGAGGAACCGGACGCUAUGGAUUGUACUUACUUUGUUCUUAGUAGUGUUCCUUUUAGUCAACCUUAUAAACUUCUUCAGCAACCUCUACGCCGAUCACGCAGACGCAACGGCAGAAAAGUCCAACGUUCCUGGCAAGAAGAAGUUUUUAGGACUGCGUGUCGGAUCAAAAAGUCCGAGUCCAGAGUAACACCAAAACUGCACUUCAGAGACGGUUUGAGGAGUUGAUUAACUUGAACCUUUGGAACCUUCGUUGUGUCAUGAGGAACCAAAUAACUUAAUUUAAGCUGUUUUUUUGUUGUUGUUUUUUUAACGAAAAUGGGCAAAAUCGCAACAAAUCCUGUCGAGUCCGAAGUCCUCGUAAGAUUAUAUAUAUAGUUUGAUAUGUAACAAUUCGAGGCAAUGGUCACAUUUAAUGAGAUUUGAGAUUACAUUACCACUCAAACUUUACUAUUUUAUUCUCAGGUUGAGAAAUUAAGGACACUAUUUACGAGCUUUAAUCUCUGGUAUGGGUUUUGAAAUUCAUCGCUGACGUCUUCAUCGUCUGUUUGAUCUGGCAUUCCGGGGUAGCUUUUGCGUUCAAGUUUUGUGCAACACGAUAGGUUUUGAUUUUCGAUUCGGUAGAUUUUCAGAUUUGACGUGUUGGAUGGUGUCCUUGGAGCACGUUAGUGUGAAGAAUUUUCCACACCAAAAAAAAACAAACAAACAAAAAAAAAAGUCAGACAACACUUACCUUCUUUCCUAGCACCAGAGGUUUGUCAUUGUUUUAGAUCAUUCAUUUUCAAGUGUGUUAAUGGUUUGUUGUGCCACUCCACUCCUGUUAAUAAAGGGGCCUUUAAAAAAAAACAAAAAACAAAUAAUAAUAAUUUUAAAAAAAAGGUCCAGCAGUUUCACACACGGUAAUAAAAUGCGCUACGUGUCACAAUCUUGUAUUUAUUUAUUUAUUUAUUUAUUUAUUUAUUUAAAAUUCAGCUCAGUUAACCCUCACACUGUUAGUAGUGUAUUAACCUCUUCCUUCAUAUUAUAGUUAAACCAAGCAAUGGGAUUACGUACCUGUAUGAUGGUAGGGUAUGUUACAUCACGAUGAGGAAAUCUCAAAUGGUUCUAAUGUCAGUGCUGUUACAAUGCUGUUCUAGGAAAAUAAUCAAGCACGUGAUGGUGUGACGAAACAGAUUUACAUCCCAAAGUUGAUUAUUUUCCAGCAGCCUGUCCAGAAGUGUUUUAGUCGUCUUCUACCACAGCAUUUUACCAAUCAGUGUUUUAUUUAUUAACUAAUGACAAUUCAUACUUUUUUCUUUUUUUUUUUUUUUUUUUUAUCCAUUUAUAGCUACAUUUUAAUGUUGUGGAACAAGUGAAACCAGUCUUAUCGCUAAUGUUAUAGCAGUCACUGUAUAAACAGUCAUUUCGUCACCAGCCUCUCUUCGCGCAACCCCAACCCCAAAAAAACGUAGCUUGUCAAGUUUUUAAAAAUUGUUUUGUUUUUUUUUUACAGCUUUACUGUGUACUUUUUAUCUGUUUGUGAUUGUGUUUCAUGCUGUACAAACAUUUCCCUAACCAGCCUCUUUCUUUUUCUUUCUCUAGCUUUCUUUUGAAUUUAACGAGGCCAAAAAAACCCACACCAAAAAAAAAAAAAAAAAAAUUCCCAGAAGUUGAUUAUUUUCCUUUAACAGCACAUGCUGAAUUGUUUGCCACACUAAUUUUCCCAACAGUUCCAAUUUUUUAUUUCUUCAUCCACACCACGUCAUGGUUUUUAAACACCGACGGUUGCAUUCGAUGAUGUGGGAUGUUCACAAAACACGUUCGCUCCGGUUCAAAUGUACGGCUUGUGUUAUAGCGGCUAUAAGUCGGUCGCUCGCUAGGCUCUUACAGUUGUUGAUAGAUAAAUAAAUAAAUAAAUAAACGCAGGUUGCAGAGAAACCGCAAAGAGUGAAAACCCUUCUACCCCGAAGACUUUCCUAUGGCAGAGAAUUUCCCGUUCCAAAGCGCUGACACUGGAGACUCCUCCCAUAAACGUUAAACGUCUCCUUAAAGAAAACGCCAUAUCGACGUUUACACGCUUUUCUUUGUCACAACAACUACACGUUCUUAAUGUUUUAUUAUUAGUCCUUAGAUAACGUCACUCAUCCACCAUACACGUCCCUGUGAAUGAGCUGUCGCUAUAGAAACGAUAACGUAUUCGAACGAGCGCGUUGAUAUACACUUGUGAUCUGCCGAUACACUACUGUCAGGGUUGCUGUUGUAGAAAAUGAAUCUCCACCUUCUGAGAAAUCAGAAUGGAGAGAUCGACAGAGCUGUGGUAUAGCAGGUGCGGCAAGUGCAAUGAAUUCGAGUAAAUCUGCAAAAUUUUCAUAAAUAGUAUUGUAUAUUUAGUAGAACUGAUGGAGGAACUGAAAAACAACACGGCUCGUUGUUUUGUUUUGUUUUUUCUCCUAGCGUGCAGCAGUUUGUCGCGUUGCCAUGAUGAGUCGAUAUUACGCAAACCUCAGCAGGGAACAAAAGUGCACGAUCAAUUCCGACAGAAAAUCUGCUGACUCGCUGAUGAUGGCUCAUACUUCCUGUAUUCCUGCGUCAUUUCCCCAUCUGUGGUGUGUGUGUGUUGCUGGAAGCAGGCUGUAUGUCAGUGAAAGAUCACAGGAAGUGUAAAGAACAUUUGCUUGUUAAGAAAAUGUGUAUAUAUAAAAUCUAUUUUAACGUAAUCUCCGUCCACUGUAUCUGUAGUGAUUCAAAAAAGGCAAGGAAAAUGUUUACUCCAAAGCCAUUUAUAUAAUGGAAGUCUAAGGGCAGUUGCUGGAUGGGGAAAUAUUAAAAACCUUAACCUUAUGCUCACACUAGCAAGGGACUCUCCUGCUUCCUUCUGAGCUUUACUUGCGUCUGUACACACGUAAUGAAAGGUCGUACAUGAUGGGGAUGCGAACUAACCUCAUGUAGGAGCUAAAGUCCGAGGAAUCCUUUUAAGCCAAUCCGUUUGGAUUUGUCACUUUAGAGUGUCAUGAUUUAAAAUUUGCACAGAAUUGAGAAAAUCUCCCACGACGUUCACACCAGCAUGCGACAGUGACUGUUUAUUUUCCGAUCAGCCAAAACGUUAAAACCACCGAGAGGUGACGUGAAUAACAUCGAUUAUCUUCUUACAGUGGCACCUGUCGAGGGGUGGGGUAUAUUUAUUAGGCAGUAAGUGAACAAUAAGUUCUCGAAGUUGAUGUGCUGGAAGCAGGGAAAAUGGGCAAGCGUGAGGAUCUGAGAGACACUGACGAGGGUUAAAAUGUGAUGGCUAGACGACUGGGUCAGAGCAUCUCCAAAGCAGUAGGUCUUGUGGGGUGUUCCCGGUAUGCAGUGGUUAGUACCUAUCAAAAGUGGUCCAUGGAAGGACCGAUCUCAAUCCGAUCGAGCAUCUGUGGGACGUUCUGGACAAACAACUCUGAUCCACGGAGGCCCCACCUCGCAACUUGCAGAACUUUUUAACGUCUUGGUCCCAGUCUUGUGGAGGCCAUGCUGUUUUGGCAGCACAAGGGGGGCCUACACAUUAUUAAACAUGUGGUUUUAAUGUCAUGGCUGACCAGUGUAUAUUUUAUGUAUGACAUUUUUCUUAAUUCUAUGCAAAUUAGGUAUGACACGGUAAAGCUACAAAUUGACUGAACACAAUAAAAACAGAACAACAACUUGGAACCAGGGUUUCAUCUUUUCCUGUGAAAUACGGCCUUGGGUGAAAUGUGUGCAGAAACAUUACAAAGAAAAAAUGAAGCUUGAAAGGAAGUAGCGGAUAUCGUUACUUCCUCUAGAAAGUGAACGCAGCCGGUACAAUUGACGUGCUUUGGUCUACGGUUUUGCAGGCAGAUCAAUUAACAAUUGAUCUUCACUUCGAUUAGCGUAUUGCUUGAUUUUAGUGUUGCGCUAGUUAGCUUCAGAAGCAUUUACAGUUUUGGCUGCUAUUCUUUCUCGUUCUCAUUCAAAAAUUCAAAAUAAAAAAAAACGCCCACAAGAGAGAAAUUUACAAGUGACACGAGUGACUCGUCACUUUCCAAAAAAGUGUUGUGUUUAUCCAUACGCCAUAAGAGCCACUCCACUGGUCACCACGGCAAAAAUAGUUCCUUCUCUGCAAGGACCAGUUAUACAUUUAUAGAUUUGAGUUCAACAACUGCCCUUAGUUUUCAGUAAACGAUCUGUUCUUAUCUAGGAAAAGGGAAGUGUGUACUGUAAUUAAGCAUACAUUACAGAUAUCAUGGAUAGAGAUUAUACACACACAAAUACAAAAAUGCAGGAGUAUUGCACUAAUCACUCUUAUAAUUGGGUACAAAAGCUAAACAAACAGUCCUGGGAGACGAAACAAUUUCAUAUCAAGCUUUAAACAGUAGUCUUAUGGGAACGCUUCAAAGACUUGUUUAUUCUAGACGUUCCCAAAGAGCCAUAAUUGUCUCUUGGUCAAUCCUACAAACCGUCUGGGGUGCCAAUAUUUUAACUCGUACCAUUACACGCUUUGUUGAGUGUGAAGUUUUUGGAAAAGCUGAUCAAGUUUAAGCGUACGGUCGGUUAUCGGAGAGCCAUCGCUGCUUGGCCAGGUUCCCUCCUGACCUCAGCAAAGAAGCAAGCCCAUUUCCUCCUGUUUCCUAUUCCCCGAGCA